CGUUCCACGUCAUCCACGUUUAUUUCGUUUUUCCGUCUCAACUACCCCUCCCCUCUUCCUUUCUCUCCGAUUUCCCAGUGCCGAUCGGCUUAAUUACGUAUAACCCCCAAAUCUCCGGCGGCGCUUUUUAUUUUCAACCCUCGCCGUCCUCGCCUUUCUCUGCACCCAAUACAUGCGCAGAAGAUUGGAUGGGGAAUGCUAACGGGAGAGAAGACGGACUUCCCGGCAGCAGCGAUGAAGUUUCGGGAAGAUCCGACGGCGAAUCCGGCAUGCUUGAUCAGGCGCCAAGCUCGCGAGUUCCUUCAGCUGACCUGAUGUCCAAUUCGCCGCUGCAGAGUCCGCACCGCUCCCCGUCGCCUCUCUUGUUCGCUCCUCAGGUUCCAGUAGCACCACUGCAACCUCAAGGGGGCGAUGGUGCUCCUGUUUUCAAUCAAAUAUGGUCCAGUGAGCCUCAUGUUACUGUUGAUCAUACCCCAGAGCAGGGCAUACCUACUUUGAUAACUUGGAGCCAUGGGGGACACAAUGUAACUCUGGAAGGAUCUUGGGAUAAUUGGAGGUCAAGGAAGAUACUCCAGGGAUCAGACAAGGACCACAAUGUUAUCUUGGUCCUCCCGUCAGGUGUAUACCAUUACAAGUUCAUUGUAGAUGGCAAAGUUCGAUAUAUUGCUGAUCUUCCUUGGGUGGCAGACGAGUUGGGUCGUGUCUGUAAUAUUCUUGAUGUUAAUAAUCGUGUGCCUGAGAACCUGCACAGUGUCUCAGAGUUUGAGGCCCCGCCGUCACCUGACUCUACCUAUGAUCAGGCAUUUCUAGGGGAAGAAGAUUUUGCCAAGGAUCCGUUGGUAGUUCCUCCUCAACUCCAUCUGACAGUUCUCGAUUCAGAUAAACCAGAUGAAACUGAUGCUUCUUCCAAGCCGCAGCAUGUGGUGCUUAACCACCUCUUCAUAGAGAAAGAAUGGUCGUCAUCACAGUCUUCUGUUGCUCUUGGUCUUACACAUAGGUUCCAGGCCAAAUAUGUCACGGUUGUCCUCUAUAAACCACUAAGGAGGUAAAUAUCUGAUCUCUCAAAUGUGGAUAUUUGCGCUCGAUCAGUAAUUUGGUUUCAGACAACUCUGUGGGUUUUUAUCUCCCAAGUCCCAACUAGUGUAUGACUACAUCUCUGAUCUGAUGAUGCAUUCUCCCUAAUGAUGCCCAAAUGCAAGAAUGUAUUUAGGUGUACCCUUGAUCCUCUCUGGGUGUUUCCAUCCUUUGCAUUUAUCUUUAGGUGUAGCUAGCAUACAUUCUCACUGCAUUUAUCAGCUCAAUCAUAUGCCAUUUUCCGGCCUUUUCAAGAAAACGAGCAUGAUUUUGUAGUCUGUUUCAGUUCUCAUGGCUUUGGGGUAUUCAUGAACUAUGGAGUCGAUGUAUAUUACUAUAACGUUGUCAUCAUCAUCACUAAUACUACUACUACUAGGAUACAAUCAUCAUCUUCAUGCAUCAUGAUGCUAUUUUUGAGACAUGGCAUGUUUUCACACAUGAAAUAUAUUCAAGUAAUUGAAAAUAGGGACAAUCUAUUCAUGGAGAUAUGCCGUAGUUAGUUAUUUAGGACAUGUUUGGUAAAAGCGUUAACGAUUAGCGUUAGCGUUUUGAAAAGGCUAUCUACGGCCAGCGUUUAGCGUUAGCGUUUUCAAAGUAAUCUGAACCGUUAAAAUUUUAUCCAAAACGCUAAUGCUAAUCUCUAACGCUAUUCCCAAACAGGGUUAAUCUCUGGCGCAUUCACUUUAUAGUCCUUAAAUCCUCAUCCAUGUAAUUUUUGUCCAUUCACUAACAGAAACGGAAUGUAUGUGAUGUCCGAAUAGUUACAAGGAUGCUAAGAUAAUUGUGUAAUAAGGCUGGUAAUAUAACACCACUAAGAUCUGUAUUACCAAUGCAACUAAGAUAUAAAUCCUUAGAAAAAAAAUUGUGUAAAUUGUCUCUCCAAGAUAUAAUCCUUGGGGAAAAAAUUAGAAAUAGUACAAUCAUGAAGAGACACUGAAGUGGAGAUAUUGUACCGCACUCUGCGAAUUGCUACGGCAUACUUGACACGAUCUUAAUGCCGAACUGCUGAAGUGUUAUUUUCCCUUCAAGAUAUGUAAAUUAGAAAUUUGUACAGAAGUCGCGAAGACAAGGUUUUGAUUUGCGCUGUUUUUUGCCUUUACGCACCUCUUUUUGGCUCCGGCCUCUGCUUUCCAAGCUCCUCAGUCGACCUCUGCAACAUUAGAACAAUUGUACUAAACCAUCGCUUCCAUAGCUACUCAAUAUCUUGUUUGAAUAAAUCCCAUGAAUGGUGUCUUAUAACAUGUUCUAUUUAUUUAGUCUCCAAUUCUUAAAUAUUAAAUACAUGGUUUCAAU